UAAUUCAUCAAGUCUCAGAAUCCUAAAUAAAGAAUUUGGGCUGAGAUGCUAACUCUGCGUGAAGCAGUAAUUGAACAACCGUUCCGAGACCGACGCUACCGUCAACACCGUAGGAAGGUAGCGAGCGCAGCGCCGCGCAUAGAUGCUCGGACACCGCCUCGGUUCCCGCACGUCCGCCUCAAAUUACGACAACAGAGAAUCGAAGAGGAGCGACAGCGAGCCAUCGAGCAGGAGAACAUACGUCUGGCGCAUCGCAUGGCCCACAUCAUGAGGGGAGAGCUACAUGACUUCUUCGGUUACAGGUGUGAUAGCCAACGCGGAAUCGUGCAAUGGCCCCGAGGUCACGGUAGAGGCGUCAGGGGGAGCGGUGGCACGAGAGGACCUACGUCCGCGCUCAGCAAUGCCCCUUCAGCAAAACACAAGUCACGAAACGCGGAAGCAGGAAAACCAUCGUCAGCGGCUUAUAAUCGACUUAUACAGCAUCGGGCUCCCUUGGGCAGAGUGAGAGUACCCAGGGUGGGCAGCACCCAGCGAUGCCCUACACCUCCCCUACCUCACCCACGCGGCACCCAACACUACCGAGCGCUCUCUCCGUUGCUCACAGCUAUGGAAGGUCUGAGCGUUCGUGAGCAACUUGAGCCACUGGUUCUCUUGACUGGAGACUCUCGGCCAGACUCCGGUGACUGCCGUCGUCGACCACCACAGAGGACUCGGGAAGAACUCCUCCUUUUGCACCAGACUGCCAGCCAAUUCAAGCAGCCCGAGCCGUGCCAGCAAACUUUAGAAACUGAGAGUGAUUCAAUCGCUGCUAAACACGGUACUUGGACCGAAUCCAAAUAUUCAGAUGAAAAAAAUCACGAAGACCAUGAGCAAGGUUGCUGUAUUGAAGAACAUGAAACGACGGCGAAUACCAAUACAGAAGCCAAACAACCUCACAGUGUAACGACAAUUGAUCCUAACGCAAUGGCAGUUUCAGGCGGGGACAAAGGCAAGAUUGAAACAACACGAAUCAUCUCAAAGCCAAAGGAUGCUGAUACAAGUCCUCGUCAGGGUGAGAGUUACGAAAAUGCUGACUCCUACGAUGAUUCAAGUUUUGGAAAAGUCGAGUCUCAGGAAGGAAAAACAAUCCGGCAAUCAAGUUCUGAACACACAUCGGAGAUGCAGGGCACGAUAGCGUCAUGUAGCACAUCAGAUUACUCAGCUAUUGCACGUUCACUGCCUGUAGAUUCAAGUUCAGAGAACGGGAGAUCCGAUAAAUCAGAGGACGAAGAUUCCACGGAUUUCUACAAAUAACUUAAAGUCGUCAAUAAAAUUGAAUUGUUAUGAAAAUGCCACAGUAUUUACACUUGGGAUGAAAAGUAUGUUGAACAUUGUUAUUUUUUAAAUACGAUACUUUGUUGUUCGAUUGACGUUCAGGUUUUCGUUAACUCGUACGACUUAAUAUUCAAUAACGCAAUGAAGACGAGAAAUUUACAGUUAUGAUCAAGCAAUUAGUGCUUCGAAUUCAAAAUAUUUUUUCAUUAAAACAUGACGAAGAACUUGAUUGUCAGCGCACUGAUGCUGGCAAAAAAAUAUCAGAGCAGCCAAGUUACAGUGCCGAAAUAUAUAAGUGGACAGCAACUGAAAUAACACACUAGAAAGAGAUACGAUAGUGACAGUAAUGAAACAAAGAGUCCCAGUAAUGAAACAAAUUAAAGCCUGCUAACACUUUCUUAAGACUUUCGAUAUAAGAUACUCUGCACCCAGGCAUGCCGUCACUAGCGUUUUUCAUAAAAAACGUUUUUCAUAAGAGCUGAGAAGCUAAGUCAGUUCUACAUGCGACCUUAUUGAGAAGCUGUUAUACUCAGGAGAUGCUUUAACGCUUCCAAUGAUAAAUUUUCAACGGAAAUGAAUUAGUGGGAGAAUAGCGUGUAUCAUAGAAUAUAAGAAGGAUCUUAAGAACGGCAUUACACGAUUUCCAGAUGAAGUUAAGAGUUACCAUUUGAAUCUGUAAUAAGUGAAACGAUUGUCAGAUAAGCUCUGAUUUCAGUAUACGAUGGUAUAAAAUUAGAAUAUUGUUUUCAUUCUCAAGUUACAGUAUCUGGUAUUUUACGUUGUUUCUUCUUUCAAUUAUAAAAUUAUCUA